AUGGGGGAUGAUAAGCUUCAUGUUCUUUGGAACUUUAAUUUGGCAAAGUUUUUUAAUCCAGAACGUGCUGCAUUAAUUAAAAGUUUGUGGAAUGGAUUUGCUAAGUUAUAUGACCUUUUAGGAGAAAUAAAAACAGAUCCACAAUAUUUUCGUUUAAAAGCAAAAGUAUGGUACGAAUUAUUUUUGAAAAAAACUGUGAUAGAUCCUAAAACUAAUAAUAUUUUAGAACAAGGACUUUAUCGAUCAUCAGAUAAAACUCUCAAGAAUGGUGGAAAUUUUCAAAAUAAAACAUCAGCAAUCUGCGAAAUUUUGGAACAUGAAAACUGA